UCUGCGCUCAUUCAAUAUCAGCCUGAAUUCCCACCAAUGAAUGGACACAUUGUCCUUCGUGGAUAUGCACAGCUAUGGUCUGUUGCAUUGAAGUAGCUUCCGUGGCGGGAAUGAUACCCUCUGGCUGCCAUAGAUCCAAACUCUUGGCCCAUCACUGCCGAACUACCAUAUGAUCUGCAUAUAUCUCGGUGUAAAUAGCAGCGAUAGACCCUCAACCACCUCCUCUUCACCUUUCAGUCGAUCAAUCCCCUCUUUCCAGGUCCAUGGACAUGGUGCCGGUCUGGUUUCACAAGCUCAUACAGUCCUCACUUGUCACUCGGUCAUUUUCAGAGCCUCAGGGUCGAAUCUGCCAGCAAUGACCACCCCAGAUAAAUCUCACCCAGCCCAUGGGCCAACAGCAGCAGCAGCAGCAGCAGCAGCACUCGCAACGGACGAAAUCAGCCCUGCCCCCAUUACAGACACCCCCACUGACAAAGCCACCACCUUCCUCCAAGCCCACGCCCAAACCGACACGACCUUCACCUGCGACGAAGAGCGCCACGUCCUCCGCCGCAUCGACACGCGCAUCCUCCCCCUCCUCCUCGGCGCCUACUUCUUCCAACAGCUCGACAAAUCCUCCCUGUCAUACGUCUCCAUCUUCGGCAUCACCGAAGACGCCAAGCUCGUCGGGCAGCAGUACUCAUGGCUCGGCUCGAUCCUUUACAUCGCCCAGCUGGUGAUGCAGCCCCUCGCCGCUUUCAUCUUGGUCAAGUUCCCCAACGGGAAAGUCAUCGCCUCUGCUAUCUUCCUGUGGGGUUCCUCACAGGCCAUCAUGGCUGCUUGUACCAGCUUCCCGUCUUUGCUCGGACUCCGCUUCGUGCUGGGCAGCUUCGAGGCCAUGAUCGCACCGAGCUGCAUCGCCGUCACGCAGAUGUGGUGGAGGAGGGGGGAGCAGACGCUGCGGACGAGUUACUGGAAUGCGAUGAACGGGAUCACCGCGAUAGUCGGGAGCCUGUUUACCUAUGGGCUGGGACAUAUCGAGAGUGGGGUGAUGUUCAAGUACCAGAUCAUUUUUCUGUUUUGUGGGUUGUUGACGGUGGUGUAUGCGGGGGUCGUGCUGGCUUUUAUGCCGGAUUCGCCGAUGGAGGCCAAGUAUUUGACCGAGAGGGAAAAGGUGAUUGCGGUGGAGAGGUUGAGGGCGAACCAGAUGGGGGUGUCGAGCGGGAAGUGGAGGUGGGAGCAUGUGUGGGAGAGUUUGCUGGAUUUGAAGACUUGGUGUUGGUUUGUCAUUAUUGUUGCGAUUUCGAUUGUGAGCGGUGGUAUUGGAACUUUUGGCAGUCUCAUCGUCAAAUCGUUUGGAUACACCAAGUUCGAGGCCAUCUUGUUCAACAUCCCGUUUGGGGCUAUCCAGUUCAUUGUCAUCAUUGCCUCGGGAUGGGUCGCCACGAGGUUCAAGCACAAGGGACUGACGAUUGCGGCGGUCUGCGUGUUGCCCAUUGUGGGCACGAUUAUCAUGUUGACUGUCCCUCGCGAACAGAAAGGGGUGUUGUUGUUUGGGUACUACUUGGUGUCAUGCAUGGCUGCCAUCACGCCGUUGAUUUACGCGUGGCAGGCGCAGAACACUGGAGGUGACACCAAGAAGAAGUGCACGUCUGGCAUGGUCUUCAUCGGGAUGUGUACUGGUAACAUUAUCGGCCCACUGCUGUAUUCUGUCGAUCAUGCCCCUUUAUAUCGACCGGGCUUGAUAUCUAAUCUCAUCAUGUUGGUGUUGGUAGCCGCGCUAGCGAUACUCAUCCCAUUCUACCUCAUGUACCUGAACCGCCGGCACGCCAAGCGUCGGGAAGAGUUGGGAAAGAAUGCCGUGCUUGUUGACGAGUCCAUGUUUGGAAAAGGUCAAGUGGAAAGCGGCAAGGCGGCAGAGCUUGAGGAGGCAGGUACUGGCGUAAAGCCAAAGGCGCUGGAAGAGGACAAUGCUUUACGGGACAUGACCGACGUCAAGAACGAAGACUUCAUCUAUGUGUAUUAGGUUCUGGCAAGAUAGGUACCUGCCAAACUAGGCUGUCAGUCGGUAACCAAUCCGUAUCUUGUACGAGACUUGUGAGUCGGUGAAAAUUCACAGGACGUUGCAGAUCUUGA